UCAUAAAUAUAGAGAACAUAUACUAGGGUUGCGGCGGUUAUAUAUCAUGAUGAUCAAAUUGAUCAAAUCAAUGUUUCAGGCAAUAACUCGUCCGAUUCAAAACCUGAUCAUCGCUUAUCUCCGGUAUCUUCUCGGCUCUCCUUCAUUGACUGAUACAAAACGUGAUCAUCACGUCACCACGCUUGUCAUCGAACACUCAGGCGAGUUUGGUAGGGAAAACGUCCUCUAUUCCGCCACUCACGCUUAUGUUUUCAAUAAGCUCGGCAUUCACUCGGACAGUUACCAUGUCGGCGAACUCACAUUAGCCGAUAGCUACCAAGGGUUCGAGCUCAGCUGGAGGAUUUUCUAUAAUAGAACUAUUGGAAGGGAAUCAUUCGAGCUGAGAUUUGACAAAAGACACAAAGACUUGGUCUAUAACUCUUACCUACCUUACUUAGAGAGCAAGGCAAAGGAGAUGAUGACAAUUCCGGAGGUGCACAUAUAUUCUCACUCCUUUGACACUUGGGAGACCAAGCCCCUUGAGCACCAUUCGACCUUUGAAACAAUUGCUAUGAAGGAAGAGCUCAAGCGUGACCUUAUCCACGAUCUUGAUAUGUUCGUCGGAGGGAAAGAUUUCUACGAUAGAGUUGGGAGUCUUUGGACGAGAAGUUACUUGCUGCAUGGUCCACCGGGGACGGGGAAGACUAGCCUGGUGGUUGCUAUGGCUAAGUACCUUAACUUCAAUGUCUACGACCUACAGCUCUCGAGACCAGUGGAAAGCUACUUCGAUCCAAGAAAAAUGCUUUCAGGAGUCAUGAACAACUCUAUUCUCCUCGUAGAGGAUAUAGACGAGGGAUCGACGGUGUUUGCAUUAUCGAAGCUGUUGAGAAGCCUAACACUAGGGACACCAUGCGGAGAACCAUGCAUCGUAAUAUUCACGACAAAAAACAAGGAUAUGAUUGACCCAACAUUGCUAAGUCGUAUCAGUAUGGAAAUUUACAUGGGACAUUGCUGUUUUGAAGGCUUCAAAGUGUUGGCGUCUAACUACUUGGGCCUCUCUCAUGUCGACAAUGAUGAGCCACACCGUCUCUAUCCAGACAUCAAGCAUUUGAUUGAUGGACAAGUACUUAUCACACCUGCUCUAGUCACGGUGGAGCUAAUGAAGAGCGAUGAUGUUGAUGAGGUACUCGAAGGUCUGGUGAAGACUUUGGAGAGUUUAACAUCAGAUAAGAUUGAUGAAGAUGAGGGAAGACAUUUGCCAUGUAUAUGACGAGUCAUAUAAACUUGAAGCGAGUCUUGCUAAUCUUCCACAAUAUCUAUUAAAAAUAAUAAUUAAAUUUACAAGUAACCAAAUUUUAUGUAUUGAUGAUUAUUCUUUUAGUUUAUUAAAAGAUCGUGUGAUCCGCGGGUGCUGGUCAUCCUCACUGCCUAUAACUCGGUCAUCUAACA